AUUAUUUUAACAAAAAUUAUUCUUUGAACGAGUUGGUGGGAAAACUUUUCGCGUUGUUUAUUACGAUUUUGGAUUUUGCAUUGUUUCUACAAUGACAGAGGACGUACAGAAGCACUCAGUACAUACACUUGUGUUCAGGUCCUUAAAGAGGACACAUGACAUGUUUAUAUCAGAACAGGGUGUCACACCAAGCAGGGACUUAAAAAGUGAAGAAAUGAGAAGGAAAAUGAAAUUAUCCGAUGAAUAUGGACUUGUGAAAGAUUUACCUAAAGAGGGACAGAAAAAGACUCAUGGGAAUGUCAUAGAGCCAUACGAGAGCAUUCCCUGGCAGGAAAAUGGUACAUCAAUACAAGGGACACACCCAUACCCCUCAGGACCAGGUGUACAGUUGACUGAUGGCACAUUAAUGCAGACGGAUCCCAGUCACAGUGGACAAAUGGAAAUGGCUGUAUAUGACAAAAACAGAAACAAAGAUGUUCCAACUGGUGCAAGUAUGCAUGACAUAAGGACACAUCAUGAAAAAUCAGAUCCAUCAAAGGCAUUAGUUUCAAUAGGAAAUCAACAAGCACUUGUUCCCAAGAAAGCAAUGACAAUGCCUAAACCUGUGUGGCAUCCACCUUGGAAACUCUACAGGGUUAUAAGUGGUCAUCUUGGAUGGGUUCGGUGUAUUGAUGUAGAACCAGGAAACCAGUGGUUUGUGACAGGAGCUGGUGACAGAGUCAUUAAGAUCUGGGAUUUAGCCAGUGGAACAUUAAAACUGUCCUUGACUGGUCAUGUCAGCACUGUAAGAGGGGUGAAGGUCAGUCAAAGGCAGCCAUACUUGUUUUCCUGUGGUGAGGACAAAAUGGUUCGAUGCUGGGAUUUAGAGUAUAACAAAACCAUCAGACACUACCAUGGUCAUUUAAGUGCAGUGUACUCCAUGGACCUUCACCCCACAAUAGAUGUAUUGCUGACCUGUGGGCGGGACGGGUCAGCCCGAGUGUGGGACAUAAGAACCAAAGCUUGUGUACACACAUUAGUGGGUCACAACAACACCGUGGCUGAGGUCCGGUGUCAGGCAGCAGAUCCCCAGGUGAUUACUGGUAGCCAUGACUGUACCAUCAGACUGUGGGAUUUAGCCAUGGGGAGGACACGGGUGACACUCACCAAUCAUAAGAGAAGUGUCCGGGCACUCUCCCUCCAUCCCAAGCUAUACACAUUUGCUUCAGCAUCACCAGACAAUGUCAAACAGUGGAAAUUCCCCAAUGGAGACUUCAUACAGAACCUCUCAGGUCACAAUGCUAUUGUCAAUGCUCUGGCCAGCAAUGCUGAUGGUGUUCUUGUUUCUGGAGCUGAUAAUGGAUCAAUGUAUUUCUGGGACUGGAAAACUGGAUACAACUUCCAGAGAAUCCAAGCAGCAGCGCAGCCUGGGUCCAUCGAUUCUGAGGCUGGGAUUUUUGCUAUGACCUAUGACCAGAGUGGCAGUCGUCUGUUGACAACAGAGGCAGAUAAGACCAUCAAAAUUUACAAGGAAGAUGAAUCAGCUACGGAAGAAUCCCAUCCAAUUAACUGGCGACCAGACAUUGUGAAGAAAAAGAGAUAUUGACGAGGGCAGAUUUUGUGAGAAUAAGAAAUAGUGUCUAAGGAAUGGUACUAGACUGUGGAGACAAUGGGCAAAUGUAAAGGGAAAUGACGCGGAGAAAGAAAUGAGGAUUUUUAUGUCCAAUAGUGGUCAAUAGAGCAAUAUUCAUUGUAAAGAAAGCUUUAUUAUACUAAUAAUCCACAAUAAAACAUCCAAACAAUGAUAAGUGAGAAGUUAAUAGCAGGAAGAAGUUAGAGAAAAACAUCUGCUACAUCAAGUUAAUACACAUAUAAUCAUUGUCAGUCAUCAUUAAAUCAUCGUAAUAAAA